UUUUUCCAUCCUUACUAUUUUCCAUCCAUCAUACCAAACAAGGCAUAAGCCAAACGGGGCCUUAAAUCUAAUACCACGCGGCUUUGCCACGCUCCUGUGAGUUCUUUUCUAUUGUGAGGUUUAUCACAACCGGUCACUCUCUCUAACCAAAUACAAGAGAGAGAAAAAAAGAAAGAAGAGAAAUUUAGGUCUAAUUUUUAUUUUCUUCUCUGAAACAUUUCCAAUUAAAAAAAUAAACAAGAAAAAAAAACCUAGGGUUUUACAGAAAGGGGAUUAAGAAUUUUGACUGGGGUGUGUGUUGAUCUUUUUCAGGUUAGGGUUACGAAAGGAUAAGGAGAGUUUGAUUUAAAGGUUAUUUAUUUUCUUGGAAAGUUGUUCAAGAGAAAUUGGUACUGGUUCCUGCUUUGAAUCGAUUCCUGUUCUUUGGUUAUAUCGAUAGAUUCGGUGUAGGUGUGUAGAUAUAGUUUUUUGUGUGUUGAUUUGUAUGAGAUAAAGUAGAAGGGAAAGUUUGAAAUUUGAUGGAUGAGAUUUGGGAGAGAGCUGUUGAAACAGCUCUAGACGGCCAAACUGACUACGGUUCGGCUCGAACGCUGACUCUAGACGGUGCAGCAAAGUGCAUACAGGGGAAGUUACCACCACCGAGUCUUCUAGAGAAGUUCCAGAACCUUCAGCACCUUUCUAUUGCUAAUAUUGGUGCUUCUUCGCUUGAGCAGUUUCCACGUCUUCCGAACCUGGAUAAGCUUAACCUCACCGACAAUCGGAUCGCUGGUGGUCUUGAGUUUCUUGUUGAAGCCGGUCUCGACUCGCUUCGUGACCUUGACCUUUCGAACAACCGGAUUCAAUAUAUUGAAGAUCUUGCUCCGCUUGCUCAGCUUAAGCUUGUUUCCCUUGAUCUGUACAAGUGUCCGGUUACAAGAGUCAAAGAUUAUCGAUCUAGGGUCUUUGGGUUGAUAAAAUCGCUUAAGUAUUUGGAUAAGAUGGAUGCUGAUGAGAAUGAGCGACCUGAGUCUGAUGACGAGGAUGAGGAAGAAGAGGAAGAUGAAGAUGAUCCUGGAAGUGGAGAAAUUGAUGGUGAGGAUCGGCCUUUUAGGAUGAAUAACGGCCAUAGCGAGGUGGUUGAAGGAGUUGUUGAUGUUGAUGAGGACGAAGAGAGUGAUGCUGAUGAGGAGGAGACUGAGACGGCCAGGAGGGUUAAUGGGCAUAAUAAUCACCAGGCGAAUGGGUUUCGUGUUGCUCCCGUGGUUGGAGAAGAUGGUGAUGAUGAUGAGGAAGAUGGGGAAGAUGAAGAGGAUAAUGAAUCUGGGGAAGAUGAAAUUGAUGAAGAUGAAGGGGAGGAAGAUGAUGUUGUUGAAGUUCAUGAGAUUGAAGAUAGUGAUGAGGAAGAUGGGAUUGAAUAUGAUGAGGAUGACGAUGAUGACGACGACGAUGAGGAUGAAGAAGAGGUGGAUAAUGACGAGGCCGAUAUUGCCGAGCCUGAGAGUACAGGACGGAUAACGAGCACCGAAGGUGAGAUUGACGGCCAUGAGCAAGGGGAGGAUGGCGCAGAUGAGGAUGAUAAUGGAGAGACUGGAGAGGAAGAACAGCCCGUAGAGGAAGAAGACGGAGAGUUUGAAGAUGGGGAAGAAGAGGAUGAUGACUAUGGUGAAGGCUACCUGGUUCAACCCGUGGUUCAAGCUGAGGAAGAAGAUGGUGGAGGUAGUGACAUGGAUCCUGGGAAUGAAGAGGAAGAAGAAGAUGACGAUGAUGAAGAAGAAGGUGAUGGUGAAGAAGAGGUUGAAGAUGAUGAUGAAGUUCAUGUGAUACCCCCUCCAUCUACUUCUUCUUCCCAGCUAAAGAGGAAGAGAGAUGGAGGAAACAAAGAUGACGACGACGACGAUGAUGAUGAUGGUGGGGAUGAUGAGGAUGAUGAUGAUGUUGUUGAGUUUAGCAAGUCUUCGAAGAAGCAUCACUAACACACUCUGCCAUCGAUCUAAUCUGAUCUUUGCAUGUUUAAUGUUUUUCUGUUUUUCUUUUGUUCAUGUCUUUUUAGUAUGGAAGACAAGGAGAAACCUUAGCUAGAUUGGUUGGUACUCUGGUAGUAGUGAUUUUGGCUCUAAAUAUAUAUAGUUGGAAGGAAGAUAUGAUGAUAUCGUUAAUAUCCUUGGCCUUUGGGGGUGGGAUUUCAGUUCAAAAGUUCGUUAGUCUUUUCUCCCCCCAGCUUUGGAACUCUUACAUAAUAGCCGUUACUCUUUCACAUUUCAAAAGACAGUUAAGAGCGGUUCACAAGUACAUGUUCUGAUUUCAAGAGUUAGGUUUCAAAAGGGGGAAUUCUUGGAGGGAAACAACGAGAGAAAAAGGGAAGUUGUGAACUUAGUUAAUAUAUAUAUUUUUUCUUGUGUUUGCCCAAGCAGAGUACCCUUUUCUUUCUUUUAUCUUAUUUGUUCUUUUUUUUUUUAGAAAAAGGGGCAUGUAAAAAAACAAAAAAAAAAAAACGCAUGUGGAUAGGUUUCAUUUCCCUCAUAUUCCAUUCAAUCAAAUGGGGCUUCAACUUCAAGUAUUCUGACCUGUUGACUAUCUUUUCUCAUUAUUCAACCAUGUGACGUGUAAUUUUUGUUUAUUCCUUAUUUUUAAUCCUCUAUGGUCUGUAAUUAUGGUGGUGUAGUAAUAGUAUAGUCCAUAUAUGCCAGGUGGCAAUGAGAUGGGCUCUUCUGAGUUGUAAUGGUUAUGUAACGUGGGCCUCUUAGAUUGUACCCAAAUUUUGAUCCAACGGUUAAUAACAUAUAAAUGAUACACAUUAUAUGGUCUUGUUUUUAUUUCAGCUGAGCUGUAGUGAUUCCAUUGGUACCAUCCAUUACCAUAUUAGAAGUAAAGUAUGUUAUAUUAAGCCAAAUAAAUAGUUCAUUCAUGGUGAUAAGGUGACUUUUCAAUAUUCAUUUUUCUAAGCCAAACUCUCUCUCUCCUACCACCAUGGAAGCCGCAGCAAAAAUGUUGCUCUUUUCUCCAAAACCCACUUCAAUAAAACCCACAAUUUCAAGUCUCAAACCCAGAUUAACAACCACACGGCGGCUCAAGGUCAUAGCCAUGGCAAAGGAAACCAGCGAAGAAACUGAGGGAGGUGGUGGAGUAGCGGAGACAGCGGCUAUCAUCGGUGGCUUAGUGUCGACACCAGUCAUUGGGUGGUCUCUGUACACUCUGAAGACCACAGGGUGUGGCUUGCCACCUGGUCCCGGCGGCUCAAUCGGCGCGGUGGAAGGAGUGAGCUACUUAGCCGUGGUGGGAAUUGUGGGUUGGUCUUUGUAUACCAAAGCGAAAACUGGGUCUGGUUUACCCAAUGGCCCUUUUGGGUUAUUGGGGGCUGUAGAAGGUUUGUCUUACUUGUCGUUGGUUGGGAUUUUGGUGGUUUUUGGGCUUCAGUUCUUGGAACAAGGCUCCAUUCCUGGACCACUUCCUACUGAUCAGUGCUUUGGCUGAGUGUGUGUGUCGUUUUUUGGCCACUACAUUUCUUAUCUUUUUCUCUGUGGCCACCAUUUAAUCUAAUCUCUGUGUGUACCUACCUACAUAAGUUGAUAUGAUAUUUUGCUCUUAAAUAUGAUCAAAA